GAGAGGCGGUUGUGCUCUCGCUAACAGUGCCCGACAUUCACGCGUACAACUAGGUCACGAGGUCUGUUUACGAGUUGACGCUUCGAUUUACUUAGUGUUGUGAAUGAUCGUAGUGGCUGUGCAUUUAGUGUUAUAUUAAAACAUCGGCGCUUUUGAUGUGUACGUGAUGUGUGCGUGAGCGCAGCGCAUGACGUGCUACGAAACGUUGAGAGCUUCGGCACCGGCGGCGGACGCCCCCAUGGCGCACCACUUCGUCAAGUGGUGGCGCAACAAGUUUAGGAGUGGAUAUAAGAAAUUUAGCAUUGGUACUGAGUGCGAGCGCACAGAUACUGAAGAAUUAGUUGGACGAGCGGCUUCCCAAUGCUCUGCUCCACCAGAUUUGCUUCCAAGUGAAGCUAGAGCACUACUUCAGCCUUCCACUCCACCACCAAUUCCUCAGCGAACAUCUGAACCUUGCUCUAAAAAGUCAUCUAUGCCGACACAAACUCCAGACUACGACGAUAACAAACCUAGAUUACGUUUUGAGGAGUUGACGUGUGACGUAGAGCUUCAGCAUCCCGAAUCAUCCAAACAACAACCACUACAGUUUUCAUUUACUUUAUACGACCUUGAUGGACAUGGUCGAAUGACUAAAGACGAUAUAGCUGGAAUUGUGUCAACAAUCUAUGAAUCUAUAGGAAAGUCGGUCACAGUUCCGCAUUAUGGUUCUAAAACCAUUCAAGUACGAUUAACUGUUGUGCCUGAAAAUGGCCAGACGCGUACACAAAGAGAAAAAGCUAGAAGGAGACGGAGAAAGGAACAAGAAGCCUUAAAUUCUGCCACGACUCACGCUGACAACAGCGAUAAUGAACAACAUGAUAGAUUAUCUCACGACGAUGAUGUGUCAUCGAAAUCAUCAUGUUCAGGAGAUCGGAAGCCUCCCCCACAGAGGCCGCCACCAAUUUUACGCCAGAGGCAUCGUCAUACACGAAAGGAACACCGAGAACGUAAAUACACUAAAAAGAGAUCCGGUAGUCUACAAAGACGUGAAUUACUCGAGAUUAUUCAGGCUAAUAUGGAGAAAAAUCACCUGAGCUUUCAAGCUUCAAGAAAGCCCAGCAGUCCUGUAGCCAACGAAGAAAUUUCGAGUAAAUAUUAUAGGAUUCGAAAUAGGUCGCAUACAGUAAACGAAAAGCCCAAUUUAUAUCAUAAAGUUAAGACAGAGCAUUCAGCAAAUGGUUAUUUGGAUCUUGCGAGCGGAGGCGAUUCUAACUUAUGCCGAUAUGAUCGGUAUCUUCAUGCUGUUAUAUGCUCAUCAGCAAAACAUGCACAUACUGGCUACCAUCAGAAACAGAAUGCAACUACACGACACGGGCGCGCAUCACAUCUACCUAAUCCUAGAUCACGAUCACAUGAACUUGCAUCACCAUCGCAGCAACCAAGAGUUCUUCAGAUAAUAUUUUUAUAGAAUUCAUUUAAGGGCAAACCGUCAAGGAUGGUCCUUUAACUUUUGUAAAUCAGACAAUGUCGUUACCAACUUAUGUGUAAGUUUAAACCAAACAUUGCUGGAAAUUUAAUAGACAACACUGCAGUGGACAUAUACAUUCUAUACAAAGAAGCAUGUCCUGAGUAUGUCAGCAUUCCACAUGUUUAUAUAUAACUAUUAUGUAUAUAAUUUCAGUAUUUAUUUUAUCCAGACAUGAAUAGUCCGUAUUUAUUACAGCUUGUAUGUAAUCAAUGUUUUGUAACUAAGUAUUACAUAUUUAUUGAAAGUUACAUAAGUAGUGGUUAGUCGAAGUAUUUAUUUUUAGAGCAUUUAGCAAAAGUGCCUUAACUGUUUGUUCCAAAAUUAUCUCUUUCUUUACUGUUAUAAUACCUAAAUAUUGCACAGUUUGAGAAUGCUCAUAAGAUAAUGUAUUUUGUAAAGACUCGUUUAAGAGUUAGAGACUGACUUAGUAUGUAAGUGUUAGGUGCUUUGUAAGAUUUGUAUAUUUUUGUUAGAACUAUUUCAUUCUUGUGUACUUAAACAAUACCCUUCUAUAUUAAUUUAAAUCUUUUAAAGAAGUGGUACAUUUUAUUUUAUUACCAAUAUCAGUAUUCUUGUAAUAGGAAUCUCAUUUCUACUUUUCAUCUACCUCUUAUUUAGUAGAAAUAAGACUAAUUUAUUAGGAGCAUUGUUUUAACCUGUGCUGUUACAUCAGUUUAACUUUGACUGUUGAAGAAAUAAGGCUCAAUUUGCCUAAUUAUUAUUGUAUAGUGUAAAAAGUGCUUGAUCUUGUCAACAUAUUUAUUACCAAAAUAUAACAUGAAAUUUAA